AUGGCUAAUAACGCAGUGCUAUGGAAAUGGGCAAAAAAUAUGUCUGGAGACAAGAAAAAUUGGAAAUGGUUUGAUAACACAAGUAAACAACUGCGCGAAAUACUAGCUGACCAAAAUCUUUUGAAAAAUAAUGUUCUCGAACAAUAUCCGCUAUUUAUCGCUGAUACAGCAAAUAUUCUUGAAGAAUAUUCUAAUAUGUUAUUGGAUAAAUCAGUCAAAGAGUUAACAGCAACAAGUUAUCCACAACAAAUAGAACAACAAGAAAGAGAUUUGUUUCUAUCUGACGAACGUUUUCGAACAUUAAAUGAUCAGGUGAGAGGUUUAUCAAAAGCAGAAAUACGAGAGGAUGGAAUGUUACAACAGAAACAAACGCCUAUGGGGAAAACUCGGAUAGAUGCUAGUUUAAGAGAACUGGAAAUAACUGAGGUAAAGCGUGGACGACCGCACGCUACCAGCGACACAGAGAUUACAGAAGCUCGAAAACACACCAAAUCAAUCGAUUCGGGUAGCAAAAUGUUACAUAAACUUCAGAUGGUGCAAAAAUCACAGACUUAUGAUCGAAUAUGUUUUUCGUUAUUUGCUGAUACAGAAAAUUUACUAGACGAUAUUUUAAAGCAACCAUUAACAGUCGAUUAUUUUAAUGUUUAUCUGUCCCUACCUAUUUUUGGUCAACGAGCACUUUAUCAACAAUUGACAAAAAAAUGGGAAUUUGAUCCACCAUUUAUCUCUUUGGUGCAGACGUCUCAACAACUUUUGAGCAAAGCAUUGGAAUGGUUAACUGAUUUAAGAUUGUCACCUUAUGUUUUAACCGAUUUAUAUACGGAAAGUCUACUGGGAUUAUUAUUAAUGAAAAGUGAUAAUAUAUUUAAGAGUCAUUCAACGAAACAAGUGUCAGAUACAGAGGUAACAUUCAAAACAAAAUUAUUUUCAGAUUCAAUUGUUAGUGAAAGUGAUGCACUUAAAAAUGUUCAAUCAUCUUUACUACGUAAUGUGUCAGAUAUGCGUCGAUUUCAUGAAUUUUUAAAGAAGACAGAUGGUAUUAAAUACUGGAAUUUUUUUAUGGAUUCAUUACGAGUACUACGUACACGAUACGAUGAUAUUGAUCGAAUGAAUAUCUCGUUUAUAAAUUUUAUCCAUCAGUACUAUCCGAGAAGAAGAGAAUUUUGUUCCAUUGCAGUCGAAAAGAAACACAAUUUUAUGCCCAAUUCUGAUACACCCGAUGAUGUGUGGUUCGAAAUGGCUGUUAAUGCAUCAAAUGUACUUCGUACAUAUUGGCUACCAAGACAUUCACAACAUGUACAAAAACAAACUCUAACACCAAUUCAUAGAUCAAUGCAUUUUAAUUCAAUGGAAACAAAGUUAGCAAAUAUUGAAACACCGAUGAAAACAUCUGAACUAGUAAAAGCAAAAUCUCGCUUAAUGACAUCAAUAGUGAGCAAUAACACUUGUUCACCAUUAAACAAAACAAAAUUACCCAAAAUU